UUUUCGGAAGAACCGAAAAAGGCAAAAGGAACCUCAAGAGGACCUCAAGAAGGAGCUGAUGGACUUUCGCAAGAUGCUGAAAAAGAGGGCCCCACCUCCAACCCCUGAUAAAAAGAUGGAGUCUGAGCAGGUGUGGCAGCUGUUGCUGACUGCAGACCGGAAGGACUACGAGAAGAUCUGUAUGCAGUAUGGUAUCGUUGACUUCCGGGGCAUGCUGCGCAAGCUGCAGGAGAUGAAGAAGGAACAGGAGGACAGAAUGGCCCAGUAUGUCAGUGCCGUUGCCAACUUGAGACACAUCAAGGUCACCAAAGAAGGGGUCGCUACAUUUGACCUGGAGCUGGAUCUCAAGAACCUUGAGAGCAAGAUUUACCUGUACAAGGAUGGUGAGAUGAUCCCUUACGGCGUUGACAACCAGACCAAGCACUGUCUGAGACGGCUGGGCAAACGCUACCACUUCCAGAUCCAGGACCUGCGGCCCGAGGAUGCUGGCCUUUACCAGGUCAUGGUGGAGGAUGCUGUGGUCUUCUCCACAGAGCUAGAGGCCAGCACCAUCCCUCCCAGAGUGGUGGUCCCACUGGCAGAGGUCCACUGUGAGGAACGGGGUGAUGCAGUCUUUGAAUGUACUCUCUCCAACCCUUGUCCCAACGCGACCUGGCAUUUUCAGCACCGACCACUGCGGCUCAGUGACAAAUACGAAGUCUUUGUGUCCCCUGAUGGGCUAACCCACCGGCUGGUUGUGAAGGGGGCCAGUUGCUCAGACAUGGGCCUUUACUCACUGAACACCGGGCUCCAUGCCUCCAGUGCCUGGCUGGUGGUUGAAGGCUCCAUGGACCACUUCUCUCAGGGUCUGACUGAUACAGAGGUACAACUCGGGGAAGCUGCUAUACUCUCCUGUACCCUUGCCAGUGACCUGGGACCUGGCACCUGGUUCAAGGACGGAGUCAAGCUCACUGCCCAAGAUGGAGUCAUCUUUGAGCAAGAUGGGCUCACGCACAGACUGAUCCUCACCCACGUGGAGGGCAACCAGGCUGGGAGAUACACUUUUGUAGCCGGCCGCCAGCACAGUGAAGCCAGCCUGACCGUGCAGGAUCCUCCCACCAUUGCUCCAGAUGUGACAGAGAAACUGAGAGAGCCACUGGUGUUCAAGGCUGGGAAGCCAGUCACUGUGAAAAUCCCUUUCCAGAGCCACCUCCCUGUUCAGGCUGCCUGGAGGAAGGACGGGAGUGAGGUGGUGGGCAGCAGCCACAAGGGCAUCCAACUGGCUCUGGGAGAUGACUAUACACGGCUGUGCCUUCCCAGCGUGUGCAGGAAGGACAGUGGCCGGUACAGCGUGAAGCUGAAGAGCGAGGGAGGCUGUGUGCAGGCUGAGUUCACCCUGCAAGUUAUAGACAAGCCUCAGCCUCCACAAGGACCCCUGGAGGUUCAAGAUUGCCACAGAGCUGGUGUCUGCCUCCGCUGGCGACCCCCGAGGGAUGAUGGGGGCCAGGUCAUACAACACUAUGUGGUGGAGAGGCGACAGGCUGGAAGGAGCACUUGGCUGAAGGUGGGCGAGCCUCCACCAGACAGUACCAGCUUCACCGAUGCCAGAGUGGAGCAGGGCAAGAAGUAUGCCUUCCGUGUGCGGGCUGUGACCUCAGAGGGAGCCGGGGAUGCCCUGGAGUCUGAGGAGGUGUUGAUGGCUCCUGAGGCUCUCCCGGGGCCCCCUUCUGCCCCAGCCAUCCUGUCAGCCUCCAGUCAGAGCAUCACUCUCACAUGGGGGGCACCGCAGGGCCCUGGCAGUACCCACAUCUUGGGCUACCUGGUUGAGAAGCGCAAGAAAGGGAGCAACACCUGGAUGGCUGUGAAUGAGCAGCCCGUGUCUGAAAGGAAGUACACUGUGGUGGAUCUGCGACAGGGUUGCCAGUAUGAGUUCCGGGUCACAGCCAUGACUCUGUCAGGCCCUGGAGAGCCUGGGCCUCCUUCGGAUACUGUCUUUGCUAGAGACCCCAUGAUCUGCCCCAGGUUCCUCAUGGACUCCAGCACAAAGGACACACUGAUGGUCAGGGUUGGGGACAGCGUUCGAGUUCCUGUCUCCUUUGAAGCUGCCCCCAUGCCUGAGGUGACCUGGAUGAAGGAUGGUUUGCCCUUGCCCAAAAGAAGUGUGACCACUAUGAAGGAUGGCCUCACCCAGCUUCUGAUUCCUGCAGCUAGCCUCUCGGACUGUGGCCGAUAUACCGUGAUGCUGAGGAACUCACAGGGAAAAGAGGCUACCUACAGCUUCUUCAUCAGUGUGGCAGCAUGCCCACAGGCACCGGGCUCCAUCUACCUGCAGGAGAAUGUGCCUGGGACAGUGACGGUCCAAUGGGAACCGUCCCCGGAUGAGGCUCAGGGCAUCCCCUUGCAUUAUACAGUGCUGAUGCGGUCCUCGUCUCACGGAUCCUGGCAUGAGGUGGCCGACCGUGUCCGCACCAACCGCUUUACCCUCCUAGGGGUCCUCCCUGGCCACGAGUACCACUUCCGGGUGCUAGCCAAGAAUGAGCUGGGGGUUAGCAACCCUUCAGACACCAGCCAACCCUGGUGUAUCCCCAGGCAGAGAGACAGGUUCACAGUGAAGUCUCCAACAUACCGGGAACCUGACCUGAGCCAGAAACCCCGCUUCUUGGUGGGUCUGCGGGCUCACCUUCUGCCCCAGGGCUGCGAGUGCCGCAUGACCUGUGCCGUGCAGGGCUCACCCCAGCCCCAUGUCACCUGGUUCAAGAAUGACCAAAGCUUGGACAGAAACCCUGCGAUGUACACUACUGACUUGCUGGGUGUGUGCUCCCUCAUCAUCCCCAGCGUGUCCCUUAAGGACAGUGGCGAAUACAAGGUUGUGGCCAAGAACCCACUGGGACAAGCUGUCAGCACAGCUACGCUCAUUGUCACAGAAUACAACUCCUAGGCCACUUGGCCUGGAAUGCUAGCCUUGCCCCACCCCGCAGUAUGAGAUGGACGGCAGAUCUCUGAAGCUUUGCUGCUGAUAACCACACUGGCCCGAGGAGUGAUCCAGCAUGACCCAGGAUGUUCCUGGAUGAGACAGGAACAAGGGGACUUUUGGUGAGAUGUGACCAGAAGGGAUGAAGUCUUUGAAGAAGAAAUAGAAGAAGAGUAGAGGAUAUGGUUUUGAGCUGAAUGAUGGUUCAGAGUGACCCUGUUACUAUGGGUGUCUUUGUUCUGCACCUCUGGACAGAGCUCCAGAGAGAGUGGUCCAUAGGGUGGAAGCUGAGCCCACCACAGGAAUGGAAAGUCAUAGAGGGCAGAGGACCUGGGUGAGAGGGUAUCAAGGAUAUGGGGCGGGGAGGGGGGAGUGUAAGCUAUCUGUAUUUCAUUAAAACG